AUGGCUACUUGGAACCGUAUAGCUUCUAUGUUUGAGGACAAUCAGAACUCUCGUGCUGUCGCUCUCGACCAGGAUUUCAUCUCCACUCGCAUGGAGGACUUUCCUAAUGUUUCAGCCUACUGUCAGCGUCUGAAACAUAUCUCUGAUCAGUUGAAGAAUGUUGGAGCCCCAGUCAGUGACCAUCGUCUUGUUCUCCAGUUGGUCUCCGGUCUCACUGAGCCUUUCCGUGGUGUUGCCACCCUGAUCCGUCAGAGCGAGCCUUUGCCUCCUUUCCUCAAGGUCCGCUCCAUGCUGAUCCUAGAGGAAUCCGGUCUCGCCAAGAUGUCAAGCCUUGCCUCCCAGACUGCUUUGCACACCUCUGCUUCUCUUCCACGGGACUCUGAUGACUCUUCUUAG